UUCUAUGAUUCUAUCCCCUCCAGAUUUAUCGGCGCCUCAAAUCCCCAGUCGACCAGGGUGCUCCCAACAAGAAUCCCACCGCCACCGGUCGCCAUGGCUGCGGUCGCCAACACCGUCACAACCCUCCCCCUCCUUCCCUCCCCUCAUGCCUUCGCCGUGCCCGCAAUGGGCUCGCUGCCCUUCCUCCGGCGCCGAAUGCGCUCCCGUCGCCUCGCCGCUGUCCAGCAGGAUGCGGCCGUCUGGACCCCCGCCCCCGUCUCCUCCUUCGGCCCAGCCACCGCCGACGGCUCGCUCGUCCACUUCUCCGUGGACCUCUCCGACGCUACCGACCUCGCCGCAUCCUACACCACGCCGGGGCAGUAUCUCCUAAUCCGCGUCCCCGGCGAGGAUGAGCUCAAACCGGCGUUCAUGGCCAUCGCCUCGCCGCCUGGGGGUGCCGCGUUCGAGUUCUUGGUCAAGACCGUACCUGGUACCACGGCGGAGAAGCUGUGUGGGCUCCGCGACGGGGACGUGCUGGAGCUUGGCGCGAUAAUGGGUAAUGGGUUCCCCAUCAGCAGGAUAAAUCCGCCCGAUGAGGCGCAAACUGUGCUCCUCUUUGCUACAGGGACCGGGAUCAGUCCGGUUCGGUCACUUAUUGAGUUUGGUUUUGCUGCGGAUCAAAGAGCUGAUGUACGACUUUAUUACGGUGCCAGAAAUCUCCAAACAAUGGCAUAUCAGGAUAGGUUUACAAACUGGGAGUCAACUGGGCUUAAAAUAAUACCGGUAUUGUCACGAGCAGAUGAUAGUUGGAAAGGAGAACGGGGAUAUGUUCAGGAUGCUUUCUUGAAAGCCCAGAACAUAGCAAAUCAUUUUUCUACUGGGGCAGUGCUCUGUGGACAAAAACAAAUGUCUGAGGAGAUCACAUCAGCCCUUGUAGCAGAUGGUGUAUCACCAGAUAAAAUCUUGACCAACUAUUAGCAAGGAUUGGCGAGCCUCCUGUAAAGCUCAGUGCUUCCUUUGGCCUCAAGAUGUUCUUUUUUCUGUUGUAUUUUAGCUGUUCUCGUCCUAUAGUUUUUUAUAUUUCUCAGCACAUAGAUAUGUAUACAUUAUAAUCAUUCUUCAGAGUAUGGCCACCUUUUCAGGCCAUGUAAGCAUUGAGCUCCAGGCUUAUUUGCAGUUAUGCGGUCCCUUGCGGAACUUGCAAAUAGCAGAGUAACAUUUGGCAACUCUUCGGCUCUUGUAUUAUUGGCAAGAGAACAUGGUGGUGUUUGGUUCAAUAAUGUUAACGUAAACGUAAUUGGGAAUGCUUCCGCCGGUAA